AUGGUUUCCACACGCUCUAGAAGAAAAGCUGCAGCUCCUGUUCCAACCGGUCCCAGUUCGCCAACCACUCCCGCAAGGCCAGAGUCACCCUUGCAGACACCAGAACCAGCUCUGCCACUCAGGAGGGAGCGGAGCAGGAAUGUUGACGACAGUCCAGUUCCGCUGAAACGCAGGAAAAAAACCACAGCGCCACUGGAGACUUCUCGAACUCGAACUCGGCUGUCCAAGCCAGAUUCAGAAUCGGAUCCCAAUUCUCUUCAUCCUCAAAGCUUUGCUGGUCCAGAUGCAGCGAUUAUCGAAGAAAACGAAUCCGAAAACGAGCAACACCCCGUCUAUGUCCAUGUUCAUAAACUGUUCAGACAUGACGCUGUAGCGGAAAAUGUGUCUGAUGUCGAUCAACACACAGGACUCGAAUACUUCCAGGCCUUUCCUCACGACCCACGAUCAACGCUUUGCGUCGAGCACUUCCUUUCUCUUGCAGAAAAGUGGUACUGGAAUCGGAAACCCACAGUGCAUUCUCAGCUGGUGGCUAUUCCCAGAGACACGACGACUGGGCCUGACUUUUCAAAUUUAGCUCUGCCUGUCUGUGAAGAAACAUGGACUAUCAAGGAUCUCCAAAGCUUCAAAGACGAACUAAGUGAAAAGAUCGCAAACACCAAGUCAGCAUAUAUCAGAGAGUACCACCGAGUAGCACACCUUACUGGAUGUAAGCCCAGAUGCGAGAUUUUUGACGCAUCAGCUUUUGCUUACUGUUCUAUGUGCGCUCAGUCUCCGGGCUUUCGACCUCCUGCCGACGGUAUUCACGACACUUUUUGGGAUAUGCAAUCCUCUGAAGACUUCAUGGCCAAUGAUGACAGGAUGAUCCGUGAGACGCCUGAAGAAUGCAAAAGUCCCAUUCCGAUUAUACCUCAAGGAGUCGAUUUGGGGAGUCCUCACAUCAGAUGCGAGCACGAAACUUCUGUUACGAUUCUAGGAACCGAUAAGAAGAGUUCUUACACCGAAUGCGAGGAUUGUGGUCACAAGCGAGAGGUCAGCUUGAAUCGACCUAGUACAAGAAAGUAUGCUAUCGAAGUAGGAGGUGUUAGAUUUCCUGUCAAAGUUGCUCCAGCAAAUCGCAUGACAAUGAACAGCAGGGUCAUGCAUAUAGAUGUCGGUGGGAUUCACAUUGUUGUCGACCACUGCAAAGCGCCCCUGAUCAGGUUUCAGUCAACUAAUUUCUCCCAAGCUCAUGAAAAGGACGGUUUCGGUUUUCAUGAUCAAGGCGAAAUCGAAGCGUUUGGCAUGCCAGGGCCAGAAGACGUGUACUUGAGAACAGGCGCUUUUAACCCGACUUUUUGCAGUCGUUCUUUUGAGAAUUGUGCCUGCGCCUCAUUGUAUGGAAAUGAUGUGAUCACGGACUAUGAGAUUGCAGGAGAUGAUUGGUAA